AUGAACAACCGAGCUCCACAUGUUCGGUUCACCGUGAAUGGAAAUACUUACAAGAAGGGGUAUUAUCUCACUGAUGGGAUUUAUCCAAAAUGGUCCACCUUUGUGGAUGUCAUUACUGCCCCGCAAACUGCUAAGCAAAGGUUGUUCACUGAAUGCCAAGAGAGUGCUAGAAAAGAUGUUGAGCGUGCCUUUGUUGUGCUACAAGCUCGAUUUGCAAUAAUUAGGAAACCUGCUUUGGCAUGGAACGUUGAUAUGCUAUGGAAAAUCAUGAUGGUAUGUAUCAUCAUGCACAUGAUUGUUGAAUAUGAGUGUGAUACGUAUUUGAAUUAUAAAGAUCCACGCGAGUUUGCCUUAGAACAACCUGAAAAUAUGGCAGGAUCAUUAACCGAAAACGCUACAACAUUCACUGUUACACCCGGGCAUUAUGAUCCACAAAAUUUCCGUAGAUUGAUGGAUACAAGACAAGAGGUUCGUGAUAGAACAACUCAUUUCUCAUUGAAAAACGACUUGGUUGAACAUUUAUGGGGGAGGUCCAGGAGAUCGUCUGCGAAGUAG